UCAGGGCCAAUUUGCCAGAACCGUGCCUCCCCGCGCUGUCACGAAUUGUGCGCCAACCUACACCUUUUCCACGGAAUUCCCGACCGGUAGGCUACCAGCACAUGCCAGAGGUCUGGAGAUAUGGCUGGUGUGUUCGCCUACGAAAGCUCUGAGGUGGAUUGGUGCGAGGACAACUACAGACACUCCGACAACGUGGUGGAGUACUUUAACACAAUGAGCAGCUUCGUAUUCUUCGUGAUUUCUCCCAUCAUGCUCUACCUGUUGCACCCGUACGCCCGCGAGAGGAACCUGGCCGUCCACCUGGUGUGGCUCAUGAUGAUCUUUGUAGGCCUGUUCUCCAUGUAUUUCCACAUGACGCUGAGCUUCAUGGGUCAGAUGCUGGACGAGCUGUCCAUCCUGUGGGUGCUGGCCCUGGGCUACUCCCUGUGGUUCCCACGGAAACACUUCCCUUCCUUCAUCAAGGACAGAACCUCGUUCUCGAGGAUGGUGCUGGCGGUGACGCUGGUGACGACGCUGUCGUCGUUCGUGAAGCCCACGGCCAACGCCUACGUGCUCAACUGCUUCGCCCUGCACAUCCUCUACUCGCUGUGCGUGGAGAUGCGGAGUUGUACUGACCAGCGAGUGCUGCGAUUGGCUAAGAUGUCGGUGGGCCUGUGGCUGCUGGCCAUCUCCUGCUGGAUCAGUGACCGUUUUGGAUGCAGCUUCUGGCAGCAGCUCAACUUCUGCUAUUUGCAUGGCAUCUGGCACAUCCUGAUUGUGGUGGCCACUGCCUACGGAAGCACGCUAAUAGCCUAUCUGGACGCUAGCUUCGAGAUCCCCUACUCUCUGCCUGGCCUGCAGUACUGGCCUAGCGACCACUGGGCCCUGGGGCUGCCCUACAUUGUGCUGAAGGGGACCACCAAGACCAGGAAGGAGUGUUGAGAUGACCGCACGCCACGCUAGGGGACCACCAAGACCAGGAAGGAGUGUUGAGAUGACCGCACGCCACGCUAGGGGACCACCAAGACCAGGAAGGAGUGUUGAGAUGACCGCACGCUACGCUAGGGGACCACCAAGACCAGGAAGGAGUGUUGAGAUGACCGCACGCUACGCUAGGAGAACCCUGAUGGUAUAUGAACACCAGAGGUGCUUCUCUACAUGCCUCCUCUGGAUAGACUAUCCCAUUGUUUUCGCCCCAUCAUUCUUUAUGUAGAUCAGUGAGGAUGGAGGCCCGAGGAGCGAGGGAGGACGUAUAAAAGCCCAAAUGAGAGGCACCCCAAGAUCUGGAAUUGUAAGGGAGGGUUAAGGCC